CACAAGCAAAUCGAGAGAGCUUUGGUUUACACUUUACUCCAAACACACUACUAAACUAAACCCUUCCUUUUAGUGCUUUCCUCCUAUUACCAAAAACAAAAAUGGCGGUGCACUUCUCGCUGAUGUUCCUGUUCGGCCUCCUCGGCAACGCCAUCUCGUGCAUGGUCUGCCUGGCCCCGCUGCCGACGUUCUACCAGAUAUGGAAGAAGAAGACCAGCGAGGGCUUCCAGUCGCUCCCUUACGUCAUCGGCCUCUUCAGCGCCAUGCUCUGGCUCUUCUACGCCCUCUUCGCCAAGGACGCCAUGCUCCUCGUCACCAUCAACGUCUUCACCUUCUUCAUGCAGACCUUCUACAUCGCCGUCUACCUCCUCUACGCCACCAGGAGCGACAUGAUCACCACGUUCAAGCUCCUCUCCUUCUUCAACGUCGUCGGCUUCGGCGCCAUCUGCACCCUCACCCUCGCCUUCACCCACGGCUUCCUCCGCGUCCAGGUCCUCGGCUGGAUCUGCAUGGUCUUCUCCCUCUGCGUCUUCGUCGCCCCUCUUGGCAUCGUCAGGAAGGUGAUAAAAACGAAGAGCGUGGAGUUUAUGCCGAUCUCGCUGUCAUUCUUCCUGACGUUGAGCGCGGUCAUGUGGUUCAUGUACGGAUUCCUGAAGAAAGACCCUUACGUCGCUGUUCCCAAUAUUUUGGGGUUCACAUUCGGGAUCCUGCAGAUGAUAUUGUACAUGGUGUACCGGAAAAGCACUCCGGCGGCUGCUCUUCCGGUGAAGAAGGAGGUGGUCGAGGCGGCGGAAGCGAAGGUGGUGAUUGAUAUGGCAAAGCUCGGGGAGCAGCCGGCCAACCAGAUCAACCAGGUGGUGCCGGUCGACGCGGCGGCGGUUCGGAGAGAGGUGAUGGUGCAACUGGCCGCCGCGGCGGCGGAGCAAGAAGCGGAGGAGCAGAGGAAGGAACAACUGAAGCAUGUGAACAACAAUAACAAGAAAGACAUGAUUUUCAACAAUGGAAUUGCCGUGGCGUAAAAAAAGAAAGAGUUUUGAUGACGAUCGAUGAACAGCCCUUAUUAAUUUGAAGACAAUUAAUUACCACAAAAAUAAUAAUGAUGAUGAUGAAGAUUGUUAUGUAUUUUGGAUUUGGGUAACUGACCUACGUAUGUUUUUUUUUUUACUUGUAACUUUUGCAUGUGUAAUGUAAUCUCUUUUCCGUAAAAAUAUUCUGUGUACGGGGUUGCCUACUGUGCCAAUGUUAUUAAGAUUCCACUUCCUAAGUCCUUUGUGUCGAGCAAAAUUUGUCUAUUCGUUUUACAUUAACACAUGCAGUAGGGUUUUUUUCCCGAUUAGAACGCGCUGUUACGAUACGAUUUCACAAAUAUCACAUGCUUGUCCUCCUCGAUCUGUCUGUGUAUAUACUCACCCAGCU